AUGGCCUCACAAGCUCAAAAUAUCUACGAUGACUCUGCCUUUUUUUCCGCUUACGGAACCCUUCCUCGUUCGCAACACGGUCUGUCAGCGGCGCCAGAAUGGCCUGAGCUUCGACACAUGGUUCUCGGCGGCAAAUUGCCUUUGAGCAACUCAGUUCGGGCCCUCGAAGGACAUCGUGUUCUUGAUCUAGGCUGCGGGUAUGGAUGGUUCGCGCGAUGGGCCCGGGACAACGGCGCUGCCUACGUCCAAGCAGUGGAUAUUUCCCAAAACAUGAUUUGUCGAGCAAAGCAAUUCGAAACCGAUAUCAAAGACAGUCAAUCUCAUCUCAACUCGAGCUCUAUUACGGAAAUCGUUUUUGAAACAGGAGACAUCGAGUCAAUUUCCUUCAGCGACAACCGAGGAAGAGGGUCAUUUAACCUUGUCUAUAGUUCUCUGACAUUCCAUUACGUUGAGGAUUUGGCAAGGCUCUAUCGAGAAAUCCAUUCUUCUCUUGAAAAAGGUGGAAAAUUGGUAUUCUCGGUCGAGCACCCUAUUUAUUCGGCGCCUAUUCGCCCAGGACCAAGCUGGAAAACUCUUGAAGAUGGUGACCAGGAACGGACGAUAUGGCCCUUGAAUUGCUACAGUGAUGAAGGGUGGCGGAAGACUAGCUGGCUUGGAGUUGACGGUAUCAAGAAAUACCAUCGAACUGUGGAAACAUACGUGAAUCUUCUCUUGGAGAGCGGCUUCACUUUGACGGGUUUCAAAGAUUGGGCUCCCUCGCUAGAGGAUGUGGCUGAGCAUCCCGAGUGGAUGGACGAGAGACAUCGCCCUUAUUUCUUGCUUAUUUCUGCCGAGAAAAACUAA